AUUUCACAUACGCUUCUCUUUCAAUUUGUAUCACAGAGAAGGUCAGCUCACAAUUUGACUCUCCAAAGCCUUAACACAAGACAAAGGAAGUAAACCCAAUUUGAUGUAGUCGAAACUUUUUUCAAAAGCUCUCCUUGCUUUCGUUCUCGAUCGAUUUGCAUUGUUGCGUGGUGUGCAUCGAUUUGAUCUCGAUCGCUUCAAAAAUCGAAUCUGAUGGAGAUGGUUUUGGAGGAGAAGGAUGCAUGUGAUUGGAUUUAUAGAGGCGAAGGCGGUGCUAAUCUCGUACUUGCUUACGCUGGAUCAUCUCCACCUUUUGUGGGGAAAGUGAUCCGUAUACAGAAGGCUCGGAGGAAUGAUAAAGCAACAAAGAGUGCAAACGGCGUUGUUUCGGUUUUAACAAGUGAUGAGCAACUUCUGUGGAGAGAACACAAGGAGAUUAUUUCAUCUCCAAACAAGGAAGUUCUUGAGCAAAGAUAUGUUAAGCAUGUGAUCAUCCCACUCUUGGGUACUAAACAUGUCGAUGCGGGAGUACGUGUAUCUGUGUCUAAGGAAUUUCUUGAGUGUGUUGAUAAGAAAGUAACUAAGCAGCGUCCGCUAUGGCGUGUUAAUGCAGCCAAUGUUGAUACUAGUCAUGAUUCUGCCCUUAUUUUGAAUGAUCAUUCACUUUUUUCUCAAGGGAUUUCUAGCAGUGGUGACUGCAUUAGUGUUGAAAUCAAGCCCAAAUGCGGAUUUCUUCCAACCUCAAGGUUCAUAGGUAAAGAAAACAUGCUCAAAACAAGCGUAAGCCGCUUCAAAAUGCAUCAAAUUUUGAAGUUGGAAUAUAACGAGGUAAGUAUGCCAUUGUUGNGCGAAUAUGAUCCUCUUGAUCUCUUCUCUGGAUCCAAAGAGAGAGUUUUGGAAGCUAUAAAAGCCUUAUAUUCUACUCCCCAAAACAAUUUCCGUGUAUUCUUGAAUGGUUCUCUCAUAUUAGGGGGUUCCGGUGAAAGCACCGGGAGAACCAGCCCCGAAAUCGGGUAUGCCUUUGAGGAUGCUCUCAAAGGCUUUAUUGAAUCAGAAGAUGGCCAUAGGACGAAGUCCUUUCUACAACUAGUAUCUGACGCUGUCUGUGGCUCAGGAGUGCUCAAUAGACUUCUUGAAAUCCAGAAGCUAGACAUAUUAGACAUUGAAGGAGCGAUUCAUUCGUAUUACGAUAUUAUCAACCAGCCUUGCCCUAUCUGUAUAGAAGGUACGCCAUUGGAGGCGAAAUCGUCUCUACAUGGUUUACCUUUAGAUGAGAGCUUGAAGAUCGUGAAGGAGUAUCUAAUUGCUGCAACUGCCAAAGACUGUAGUCUUAUGAUCAGUUUUCAAUCAAGAAACGCUUGGGACCCAGCACCUUGUUGUGAUUACAUUUCUCUACAAUCGACCAAUCAAACUUUCGAUUACAAGGUACACUUCAUUGAUCUAAGCCUGAAACCAUUAAAGAGAAUGGAGGCAUACUACAAACUGGAUAAGAAGAUAACUAGCUUCUACAAUCGGAAGCAGAAGGUCGAAAACAUGGUAGAACAAAUUGGCGACGCAAAACCUUCCCAUAGCUAAAGCCAUCGAUCAUCGCAAUACCACUUACUGUGUUUUUGUUGUUGUUACUGUUGUAAAACAUAAAAAAGAUAUCCCUAAAAGAUGAUGAAUGUUCAUUUCUUCAACUUAUAAUCUGUUGGAACGAUA